AUCGGCAACCAUGGCUAAACCAGUUUCGCUAAAAGUGUCAAUCAAACUGUCAAAUCAAAUCUGGGAAAUGGCAUACAAGGCAAGGUUGAAAGAAUUUGAUGAUGUUCUUGAGAAAGACGAUAUUGAUAUUAGCGCUUUAAAAGAAAUUUCAUUCCAUGGUAUACCAGACGAUCAGGGUAAAAGAGCUCUUUGUUGGAGAUUGCUCCUGAAUUACUUGCCAACAGAACGAGCGAAAUGGAAAACAGAUCUCAUGGAUCAACGAUCUCUAUACAAACAAUUUAUAAAGGAGAUGAUAGUGAUACCUGGAGAAAGGGAAUCAGAUGGAGAUGUUACCUUCAGUGAUCAUCCUUUAAGUAUGAAUCCAGAUAGUGAAUGGCAAACUUUUUUUAAGGAUAAUGAAGUCCUAUUGCAAAUAGACAAGGAUGUACGUAGAUUAUGUCCUGAUAUAUCAUUCUUCCAACAACCUACUGAAUUCCCAUGUACUGAUAUAGUUAAUAGUGAUAAUGUUAAGAGAUUGCACACAAGAGUACAGCGCCAAGUAUUGAGAUGUGCAAAUGUUGAAAGGAAAGGAUUAGGAAUAACAAAGAUUGCAUUGUCAAUAAAAAAAGCAAAUGAAAACUAUGCCCCAAUGGCAGAGGGAGCAGAAGCUCAUUGGGAAGUGGUAGAGAGGAUACUAUUCUUGUAUGCUAAACUAAAUCCUGGACAAGGUUAUGUUCAAGGAAUGAAUGAGAUUGUAGGACCCAUAUAUCAUGCCUUUGCCUGUGACCCUAAUGAAGAAUUUAGAGAAUUUGCUGAAGCAGAUUGUUUCUUCUGUUUCACAAAUUUGAUGUCUGAAAUUAGAGAUUUUUUCAUCAAAAGUUUGGAUGAAUCUGAGAAUGGAAUCAAUAAAAUGAUGAACAGAAUGUUGGCUCAACUGAAAAACUAUGAUAUUGAUAUUUGGCUCAGAUUUCAGCAACUAGAACUGAGGCCCCAAUACUACAGUUUUAGGUGGCUUACACUUCUUUUAUCACAAGAAUUCCCAUUACCUGAUGUUCUGAGGAUAUGGGACUCUCUAUUUUCUGAUAGAGACAGGUUUGAUUUUCUCAUUCAAGUAUGCUGUGCAAUGAUCAUAAUAUUACGAAAUCAAUUGAUUCAAGGAGAUUUCCCGUCCAAUUUGAAACUUCUGCAAAAUUUCCCUCCUAUGGAUGUACAGGUUAUCCUAUCAAAAGCUGUUGAAUUAUCCAGACAAAAAAUAUUUUAGUAUACUCCACACAUAUUAUUUAUUUAUUAUAUUUGAAAUGCUCUCAUGAAUUUAUGUGUUCUAUGAGUACCAAUUAAGCAUUAUUAUUAUUACUUCAUUAUAUUGAAAUUUAUAUUUUGUUAUUAUAAUUUGUAAUCAUUUUUAUAUAAAAAAGUAUAGUAGGCAAUAAAAAACAAUGAUCUGCAUUUUACACUAUUUUUUAUUAUUCAUGUUUAUCAUCAAUUAA